AUGAUGGAUUUUCAGAAACACCCUCCCCAUCCAAUAUAUCACUCGCAUCCGUCCUCCGUGUUAGGCGCGUCCCACGAUCCUCGUAUUGUCGCUCCGCCGCCCCCUCGUGCCUACGCACCUCAGCCGCCUACCUCAGCACGCGUGUAUUACGAUGCAUAUAAUCGACGCGAGAACGAAAUGCCUCGAGCGGUGCCGGCCUAUCACUAUCCGACUGCGACGGCCCCGUCGAUUCCUCCUUCCUCCGUUUCAUAUGCCCAUGAGAGUAUCUCGGCGUCAGAUCGGACAGAUAACAAUGGAUAUCACAUAUCACAGCCGCAUCCCGGCUCGAUGAAGAAGCAUACCCUGGAUGGAGGAUUAAAAGAGUCUUAUAAUCAUCAUAAUUAUAGUCUUAAUAUUAAUCAACUCAGCAGUUAUGAUCGUCGUAUGGUGUAUCGUGAAGGACCCCCAGAACAGCCCUCCGCGCCUCCUUUAGGCACUCGUCGGAUGCCUCCCCCGUCUCCGCCACAACAUUACCCCUCACGGGGCCAAUCGGGAAACGUUUCUUCUCUGUCUACCGCUUUUUCGUCCCGUGAGACUCCCAGCAACUCGGCUCAUCAUCGUCCUGGUAGCAGCAUGUCGAUAUCGUCAAUGCUUGGCUCGGACGCUGACCGUCCAGCCCGGGAUGUAGGCUCAUCUUCUAUCUUUUCGCGUAUUCCAGUUUCAUCCGCGCCCUUUAGCAGCGCACCGCCUCCCUCUGCCCCCAGUGCCAUGUCUCCCCCGACCGCCCCAGCGAGGCCCUCUCCGCUCGAAUACUCGCCCUUUCGACGGUCCCACACCCCCGAGAAGUCAUUUUCGAAAACCCAACCGGGGAGGCAAUACCGAUCUGCCUCCGGGGGGGGUUCCCAGCCGUCGGUGGCGGAGCAGACCAAAUUUGGCGGCCUGUCUCGCGUCCCGUCUUCGUCGCAGUAUCCAGAUAAGCCCAGCUCUACGCAUCCGUCGCCCCAGGUGUCAUCCGCGGAGGUGCCCUACAAUGAGACGCGUCGAUUCAGCUUCAGUGCGCCGGCCCCCCGACCGAACAGCCAGCCCCAACACCUCGAAGGGCCUGCGCGACCGGCUGGUUACAGUCCUCUUGCGCGAUCGGCGGCAGUUCCUAGUGGCGGGGAGAGCUCCUUUGGAGGAGCGCACCAGCGACAAGCAUCAUACAUGGGCCAGGAGUCGCAGCACGGCCGGUUUGGGGGAAUAUAUGGUGAUCGUCAUCUGGAAGAACAAGCGCAUCGAGAGCGAGAGAGAGCCAUUGCACAUGAGCAUGAUUCCAAAUCGUCUCAUCCCCCGUCGCGGUAUGGUCCAUACGGUGAUCGGGACCCGGCAGCCGGUCGGCAGCAGAGUGCAGCGAAGUGGGAGCUCGGUCGCUCACAACCACCCUCUCCGGAAGUGAAGCGUUUCCCCGCCUCGGAGCCCGGGACCGGGUUUGGAUUCGGAGCGAUUCAAAGCUACACUAAAUCUUUGGGAGGCUCGCGACAAGCUCCCUUGUCGAUCCAGCCUCGACAGGGCCAGCCAACGCCGCCGCCUCAUGAGCAGCAGCCGUAUCUCACCAAGCUCCAAACCGAACCCCGUCCGUUUGGCUCGACACCGUCGGCUGGCCCCUCCUCUUUGGCUCAUUCUGCAUCGUCAGAUAACCAGCGGAGGAAGGGAAGCGAUGAGUUACUUCAACACAGAAGUCUUCUGGGUGUCGGCCUCGAUGCGAAACGCGGUGGGCGGGCGUCGCCUUUACCCCAAGCAGUGCAAGGCGCGCAGGCCCAAAUUCUUGGACCGGCCGGCGAGGCCGGCAUCAAGAGUGAACUUGGUCGGGUAUUCUCCGGCAUUGGCAGUGGUGUGGGCGGCGUGACUGCCACCACAGGCAGUGGGCCUUCCACCCCCAUGGUCUCUAGCCCUUUCAAGCGCGACAGUGUCACGGCUAAAUCCGCUAACGGUGAAACGACAACCGAUGAAACCAAGAUCGGUCGACCCAUAUCGGCAAACGAAAAACGAUCGAGGAAGUCGCGAGAUGAGGACGGUCAGGCAGAGAGCGAGGCAGGUACUGAUCAACGACUCACAACCUCGACGCGUGGUCGACGAGGCCGUCACGUUCACCAUCACCAUCACCACCAUCACCAUCACCGCCAUAAGCCUGAAGAAGAACCUGCACCCUUGGCGUCCCACCGUGGCUUGCCUUCAGUGAAUUACUUCCAUCGGACUACCACGCCGGCUGAGGCAGCAGCCACCGCUCUGGGACAUCAUCAUCAUCACCAUCAACAUCAACAUCACCACCAUCACCAUCAUCAUGCGCCUCGUCCCGCUACAGCCAACCCGCCGACGGUGACUCCGAUGCGUGAACCUAGGACUGUGGUCACUAUUGAACCGGUCUUGUCAAGUGUAGCCCAUCUACCCCGACAUCACCUCGGGUCCACCUUAUACGCGCCCCGUAUUGGGGUGCCUACAGAGAAGGCUACGCUGGAAAGUGCCAAGUUUGGAUAUACGACGACUCCGCUACCACUUCCUCGCUUCGAAGGAAAAGAGAAUUGCACGUUUACCAUCCGGGUGCCUCGUUUCCGCAUCGACUCCAGCCACCGCGAGGAAAUCUGUGCUCGGCGUGCAAUCUGGGGGACUGGCGUGUACACUGACGAUUCGGAUCCGGUGGCGGCGGCCAUCCAUUCGGGAUUCAUGCGCGGGGCAUGGGGUGAGGAUGUCGAUCCGGACAUGCUUGACUUGGAAAUCAAGGAUGCCUAUCAACAUGCCCCGAAGACAGCCCAAGAGGUUGGGCUUCCUGAUGGCGACCGGCCUCGCGUUCCGCCGGUGCCCCCGUUGGACAAGGACCUCCACAUCAUCAUCCUCAUCCUCCCUCGAUUAGAAAAAUAUGACUCGAGCGUGCUGUUUGGCCUCAAGUCACGAGCCUGGGACGGAACGCACGAUGGGAUGAGCUUUAAAGUGCUCCGAACGGAGUGGGUCGACGAAGGCGUUGGUCGAGGUGAGGAGCGUAGCGGAGAGGCACGACGCAAGCGCCUCCGUAACAUGAUGCAGACUGGUCGGAUCUGCACUGGACCCGGCGUGUUGAAGCUGGAGCACCUUCGCAACGGGAUUCAGAUCACCCGCCGGAAGACACAAUCGCAGGAGGGUCCAGAACCCCAGCCGCCGUCUGCCCCCGUCCAGACGGUCUCAUGA